AUGAUUGUGACUGGUGAUGAUCUUGAUGAAAUUGGCAAACGAAAAGGCUAUUUAGCUUCUGAGUUCACUAUGAAUGAUCUCGAAGGAUUAAAAUAUUUCUUGGGUAUUGAGGUAACUCGUUCUGAACAUGGAAUUUUCUUGUCACAAAGAAAAUAUGUUCUUGAUUUGCUAAAAGAAAUAGUAAGUGUUGUAAGUAGGUUCAUGCAUAAUCCAAGUGUACGACAUAUGGAUGUAGCAGUCCGAAUUUUGAGGUAUUUGAAGUUCGUACGAGGAAAAGGUUUGAUGUUCUUAAGGCAUGAGUAUGUAAAGGUUGUGGGGUAUACAGACUCAGACUGGAGAAGAAAGAGGGAUAAGAGGAGAUCAACAUCUGGUUAUUUCACAUUUGUAGGAGGUAACUUGGUUACUUGGAGGAGUAAAAAGCAUAAGGUUGUCUCUUUGUCAAGUGGAGAAGCCGAGUAUCGGGCUGGUGAAAGGUGUUUAUGA